UUACAAACCUGUCAUAAAAGCCAUGACGUGGCAGGAAGCAGAAGCUUUGUGUAAAGAAGAUGGAGCUCACUUAGCCUCAGUCCAUGACCCCUCAGAGGACGCCGUAAUGUGGGUCAUCAUGCAAGAAAAUGACAUGUCUGAGUCCUGGCUUGGAUUCACUAACAUGCAGGAUGGACAAGUGUUUAGGUGGAGUGAUGGAUGGCCAUCAUUCUACAGCAACUGGCACAGUGAAGAACCUAAUGUAACUCUCGGUGAGCACGUAUGUACCAGAGUGAGCGCCACAGAUGGUUUCUGGUCCGCCCUCAACUGUGACCACACAAGCCCAUUUAUCUGCAAAUAUGAAGAAGGAAGUGUGCCGACGCCCGACCCACCAGUCACGGGACACUGCCCAGACAGUCGCUGGCUUGAUCUCGGAGGCAGUUACUGCUACCUUAUCUCUGAAAAUAUUAACACUUGGUCAGAUGCAAACUUGGUAUGCAUACGCGAGUAUGGCAACUUGGUGUCGAUACACUCAGAGGAAGAACUUAACCUCAUCGUGAAGGCAUCACAUAACCUCAUAUAUAACACCUGGAUUGGCCUCGUCUACAAGAGAAAUGGCUUCGGCUGGAGUGAUCACACUGCCUUAGACUUCGUCAACUCAGGCACCGGAAAAGCACCCAGUAACAAACACUGCAUGAAGAUGUCUCCUGCUACCGGACGAUGGAACUAUGCUCGUUGUUACGAGAAGAACCACUUCAUCUGUAAAAUUUCAAAAGGCCAUGAUGGUUCGGUCAUGCAGCGAAGCGCUACUGAGGUAGACUGGAAAAGUUAUCCCCUGAGUGCUGGAAGUAUCACUGGCAUUGUUACGGUAGUAAUGUUGGUGACUGCUGUUGUUGGUUACGCUGCUCACUACUUCGUGCACAAGAAACCACAACUUCUUACAACUGAUAACAUUCAUUCCGCCCUCAACGCUCUGUUUUCUACUAGAAACGACACAGUCAAGGUGCAGUUGAUACCUGCUGACAGCAACUUGGCUCAGGAUACAGAGGAUUAAUUAACAGCGACGUUACCAGUUGUGUUUAUCAUUCAUUCUAUGUCUUCAUUUAUCCUGUUUAUCUUAGUGUACACAAACAGUGGCCCUCGAUAUCCUUUACUGAAAAAAGUGAUUAUUAAAAAUAAAAACAGAACAUUUGAAAACAGUUAAUAAAAUAUAAUAAAAACUGGUUUUUAUUUUAAUUUAGUAAAAUAAUGUAUUUCAUGUGUACAGAGGAUGGUUGUGAAAAUCCCGCAAGGUUAUUUAUAGUUAACCUUUCUAGGUGGUGCAUUAUAUUGAGAUGAUAAUACACAGAAAACUUCUUCAAAACUUAUCAGACCUGAGAUAAAAGGAAGACUGACACCAGUCAGUCCAUGUAGCAUUAUUCUAUCAAGGAGGAAGAGCCAUAUAUGCGUAAGACAGGAAGAUUCACACCAGUCAGUCCAUGUAGCAUUAUUCUAUCAAGGAGGAAGAGCCAUAUAUGCGUAAGACAGGAAGAUUCACACCAGUUAGUCCAUCUAGCAUUAUUCUAUCAAGGAGGAAGAGCCAUAUAUGCGUAAGACAGGAAGAUUCACACCAGUCAUUCCAUGUAGCAUUAUUCUAUCAAGGAGGAAGAGCCAUAUAUGCGUAAGACAGGAAGAUUCACACCAGUCAUUCCAUGUAGCAUUAUUCUAUCAAGGAGGAAGAGCCAUAUAUGCGUAAGACAGGAAGAUUCACACCAGUCAUUCCAUGUAGCAUUAUUCUAUCAAGGAGGAAGAGCCAUAUAUGCGUAAGACAGGAAGAUUCACACCAGUCAGUCCAUCUAGCAUUAUUCUAUCAAGGAGGCUGGCUUAACGCUUCUUUGUGAUUAUAAUAAUAAUCUAUCAAGGAGGAAGAACAACAUACGUGCGAGACACAGAAAGAUUCACACCAGUGAGUCCACGUGUCGUCAUUCCCUUAUGCAAGAAGAGCUACGUACUCGUGAGACAGAGGGAGAGUGACUUCAGUCAUGCAGACAGAACAGCACUUCUGUUGUGCAUUCAACAAACUCAGCAGCCUAAUAGCUGCUUUACGUUUUCCACUAGUAUCUCAGUCUUCACUAUGAUGCAGAUGGACACAAAUUAUUCGGACUCAGAUUUUAUUGAUAUACACUUUUGCAGUUAUUUUGUUCAUAUACCAUUAAUUUUACAAAGUCUUAUGUACUUUCUCUGCUUUAUAGAAAGUAUUUUAUUCAAAUGUUUCUCUUACCAGCUUCAUAGGUAUCAAACUUCAUUGUAUGAUUAUAUUCUAAUACGUAGCAUUACGGCUCAUUUGCUCUGUGAUUAUGAAUAUUCAGUUUUUCCAUUUUGUUGCCAUUAUUUUUUUGUAACAUUGUGUUUUCUGUGAGCAAACUUACUUUUCCAUUUUGUUCAGUUAAGAGAUAAUUUUACUCCCUAUAAGAAAUUGUAUCAUAAGCAGGAGUCAGUGUGCUUCACACGCUCAUUUUGUAUGUACCAGACUUAUAAUUUGUGCACACACAAAUAUGUUUCUCAUAAUUUUCAUUAUGUACAUUACAAUGUUGAUAUUUGUGCAAAUGCGAUUGUGACUCCAUUAAUCACUAAAUUGGGAGGUUUUGCUGAAAAAAAGAAUGUUACUCCUCAAAUCUCUCAAUUCUUUAGAGAUUAUUUCUUCUGAAUUAUUACUUUCAGGAGAUAAUUUCUCUUUUCUUGAGAAAUUUUGCCUUAGGUCUAGUGCAAUACAUUGAUUUUUUUGUUUAA